CAGUUUGGUUGACGCUAGGUUAACCUAAUAGAUUCAGCCGAAUUCAAUCUGCACAUUCUAGUACCUAAGUUUGCACUAACGUGUUUAUAUUUGAAGAUUCUAUUAAAAUUUUUGGACGCAGAAAGCUUAUUUGUGUGUUAUAUUUUGUGAUAUAUUCUAAAACAUCUAGAAGUACAUAAUUAUUGAUGUGUUUACAAACUGCGACUGUAUACAAAUACGAUGUACAUAAAGCUCUUAUUAUUGCUGGCCACCGUAUCUUUUACAUCGGCACUGCCAGGGGUGUGUGACCAUACUCCGCGCCAAGCGAAAGUGUUGACGCCGAGCGAAAAUAAGGGCUAUUACCGUAUUACGAUCGAUACAAAGAACUCGAGCAUUUAUGGACUGGGCCAGACCUAUGUCAUAAUUUUGGAAUCCAUCGAGCGACAACGGCCGUUCAGAUGGUUCAUGAUCACGGUGGAGGAUGCAUCUUUAGACAACAACACCUUCGACUUUGAGCAUCGGUCAAUUGACGUGGGUAGCCUUAAGACCCUGGACACCAACAGUCAGGCCAGAUAUAGUGAGAGGUGUUACAACACUGUUGAAAAUUCCGAUAACUCUGAAAAAUUUCGAGUGGAGAUACACUGGGUUUCUCCAAAAGAAAAUCUUCGUAACAGAGAGCAGACCGUUCGUCUCCGUGCGAUGGUGGCUGAGAAUGAGGAAAUAUGGUACACUGGAGACGACUUAACGUUAGUGCUGAAGAAGGAUGAUAGCAAACCAUUAGAUCAAUUGCCGACAACGCCGAUGGAGUACUGCGGCUUGUGCAGUGAAGCUCGAUACGAGGUUAUAUUCAGAGGUCAAUGGUCGAGAAUGCUACACCCUCAACAAUAUCCGAGCAAGCCUGAUGAAAACGAGUACAGCAAUUUAAUUGGCGCUUCCCACGCUUUUGGUUUUACUCUGUGGCAGCCAGGUGACAACGCAAGUCCUGGUUUGAAGAUGUUAGCUGAAACAGCUAGCGUAGCAGAAUUGGAGAGAGAAAUUAUUAGUGCGAUGUCAACAGAAAAUGGUACACGGACGCUUAUAAGAGGUAAAAGACGUCGUCACCCGUUCAUGUCGGAGCCAUCAGACUCAAUUUUCAGAGUUGAUAGAAUUCACCACAUGGUCUCAGUGGUCAUAGCCAUAAAGCCGUCUCCAGAUUGGUUCUUGGGUGUCACGAGAUUUGAGCUUUGUACGAAACUGGGUUGGCUGGAAGAAAGUACGAUACCGUUGUAUCCAUGGGACGCAGGAGUAAGGGAUGGUAUAUCAUAUGAGUCGCCAACUUCAAUUACAACCCCAGUCGAUGCGGUGAGCAGAGUGGCGUUUGGCUCAUUUGACCAGCAGUCGCCAUUUUAUCAGAUGAACCUAAACGACUUGAAGCCGUUCGCCUAUCUCCACGUGAAAAGACUUGAGGUUUAUCCGUUGAAAGAUAAUUGUGAGGAAGAGGAGGGUACAAAUAUUGAGGGCGAUCAGGAACAAGAGGACCAAGCUGAAAACCUCGAAGAACUCAUUGAAGCGCCACUUCUGCAGUCAUUGAAAGUCAGAACCAGGAUUGAUUGUAGAAUCAGUGAAUGGACCGAAUGGUCACAAUGUGUGCCAGACGUUGAUGCUUGUGGACCCGGCACUCAAAUCAGGACUAGGGACUUGGUAAAGAGAAACUUAUAUUCGCAAGUGGAUGUGGAGGCAAGUCCAGAAGUUUGCCGACAAAGUUACAAUGGCGGUCUGACUGAGUUUCAAGAAUGUUUCGUAAAUUGUGUUUAAAUCUUACCUACCUAUAAGUACAUUUAUAACUAUAUAAUGUGGAUUUGAAUUUAGGUUAAAAGUAAAAUAAACUUGAUAAUGCA